AUCGCUUCUGAGGGCAUUAAUGGAACUGUUGGUGGGAGCACAACUGGGACCCUCCUUUAUGUGGACACAAUGCUUUCUCAUCCGCUCUUUGAAGGCAUUUUGAUGAGAGACGAUUUCAAGACCAGCACAGGCGGAGCGCAUUGUUUCCCGGACCUUCGGAUCGGCGUCUUUGAAGAAAUCGUACCCCUGGGGAUUAGCCCCAAAAGAGUCUCCUACAAAGAAACUGGAAUCCAUUUGACUCCAAAGGAGUUUCAUAUAGAAGUGGAGACAUAUCUUUCUCAGGGUAAAAAAGCACAGAAGGACACCGUUUUGCUGGACUGCAGGAACUUCUAUGAAAGUAAAAUAGGGCGUUUCCAAGGCUGUUUGGCCCCAGACAUCCGGAAAUUCAGCUACUUCCCCAGCUACGUUGACGAGAACUUGGAACUCUUCAGAGGGAAACGUGUCCUGAUGUACUGCACGGGGGGGAUCCGUUGCGAGCGAGGCUCGGCCUACCUGAAAUCCAAGGGCAUAUGCAAAGGCGUGUACCACCUCAAGGGCGGCAUCCAUAAGUACCUGGAAGAAUUUCCAGACGGGUUCUAUGAAGGGAAGCUUUUUGUCUUUGACGAGCGGUACACCAUCUCCUCCGACGGUGAUGUGAUUUCAGCCUGCCGCUAUUGUGGGAGUCUCUGGGACCAGUACCGACUCUGCUCCACCCAGCCCUGUCGCCAGCUCGUCCUGACGUGCCCGCAGUGCCAGCGGAAAGGGCUGACCGCCUGCUGCCCUGUUUGCCAGAAGAAGGGGCCCCUCCCAGCCUCCCACCCUUCCAGACAAGCCUUCAAAGAGCAAUGCGAGUGCACAGCGACACGGCAGCGGGUGCCUGUAGAACGCGUUUAACGAAGAGUUCUGGAGCAAAAACAAAAAUCCCCUCUGUGCAGUUGGGGGGGGGAGGAGGCGGCCAGCUCCGUUAGGCAGCUUUGCAGACCUCUGAUCUAGAUAGCAGUCAGGAUUUCAGUGCAAUGCUGACUUACUCCUAGGAGUAAAUUAAUGGUGCGCACAAAGCAAAAAAAAAAAAAAUACAGCCACCCCUGGUGCUACGCAACUAUUUCCUCGUGCAAGACAACCAUCCUUGCUUGCGAUCUGACACAGAGUGUUGCCCGCGCUUGCUGCAGCUCUGCUUAGUGAAGCAUGAGCAAGGUCAUUGGGUAAACAAGCCAACGACAUUGCGACUCAAAGGACUUCCUGGAAGUUCAAA